UCAAUCGUCUGCAAGCGCCAAGCCGAGUCUCCCUUCUCCGAUGUUUCUUAUCGCGUUGGUCCGAGCGUCCUGAUAAGCCGUCCGCAAAAGAUUUCUCCGUUCAAUUUUCUUCCCUCCAUCAUUCAACCCCAAACACAAUACACCAUGGCCAAAGGGAAAGGAAAGCGCUCCUCGGGCGCAAAUGAGAUUGAUCCUGCGACAAGCGUCUCAGCCCCCGCUACGGACGCUUCGCUUGGUAUGCCAGACGAGAGUGCCUUCGCAGGCCUACGACAAAAAAUCGAACAGCGUUUGAAGAGCCAGAACCAAAACACUGGAAAGGGAAAGAAGGACAACACUAAGCCAUCGGCUCCUGCCCGGGAUGCUUUCGCGAAGAAGGGAAAGCAAUCACCCGCCAAGCCCGGCCGGUCCCAGGACUCUGCGCAAGGCAAGAAACGUGAUCGCAAUGGUGAGGUGAUUGCUCGGGAGGAGAAGAAGGGAGGCAAGAAGAGAAACGACGACGAAACAUUGCGCCAAGAAAUUCUUGCUAUGGGUGGUACUGAGGAAGAUCUCGAUCUUCUUGCUGGUGUCGACUCUGAGUCUGAGGUUGAAGGCGAGUCCGGCAAGGCUGACGAUGAUCUUCGGAAGCAGCUGUCAAGUAUGCUGGACGCUGCAGGUCAUGUUGUGCCUGAAGACCUGGCAGAUGACGAAGUUGAAGAUGUCGAAGAGGCCGGGGCACCGGAAAGCGAUGAUGAUAUUGAGGAUAGCGAGGACAAUGCAGAGAGCAGUGGAGCGGAAUCCGACAUUGAAGAAGCUCCACCUCGCAAGACGAAGGAGCAGGAAGUUAUCGUGCCAAAGGAAUACGCAAAGCUCAACGUUCUUCCUCGGUCCGACUGGUAUAAUAUUCCUAUGCCUUCUGUCCCAGAUACGAAACAGAUGAAUGCCUUGCCCCGUCACUUGAUCGAGCGUGUUCACGAGUUAGCCAACAAAUUGCUACAGGAAGAAAAUGAGGAGUAUGCGGCAGCACAGAGAGCAUCUGCUUCUUCAUCACACAAGUUCUACUCAACUAUUAUGGCCUCUGGUACUCUCAGCGAUAAAAUUUCUGCCUUGACUCUUAAUGUUCAAGAAUCGCCUCUGCACAACACCAAGGCUCUAGAGACUCUGAUUGGUCUCGGAAAGAAGCGCAGCCGUGCGCAGGCAGUUGAAGUUCUGCGAUCAUUGAAGGAUAUGUUUGCGCAGGGUACCUUGUUGCCCAGUGAUCGACGAUUGAAGUCUUUCACCAAUCAGCCUGGACUUGUUGCAGCCUUCCAAGGUGCUGGUGGACGAUGGAACGAGAAAGAUCCUCUUCCGGGUGGUUUGAAAAAGAGUGAGCUGAUUGUAUGGGCCUUUGAAAAUAUUGUGAAGGAUCAGUUCUUCGAGAUUAUCAAGAUUCUCGAAAUUUGGUGCAAUGAUGAGAUCGAAUUCUCACGGACUCGAGCCGUCAGUUAUGUCUACGAACUUCUUAAGGAGAAGCCAGAGCAAGAGACCAAUCUCCUGCGACUUCUGGUCAACAAGCUUGGAGAUCCUGGCAAGAAGAUUGCUUCUCGGGCAUCCUACCUGUUAUUGCAGCUCAUGCAGUCGCACCCUAUGAUGAAGCCGAUCAUCAUCAAGUCGGUAGAAGAAGUUCUGUUCCGUCCUGGCCAGAGCUCUCACGCCAAAUACUACGCUAUCAUCACUCUGAACCAGACUAUUCUGAGACAGAAAGAAGAAAAGGUCGCUGCUCAGCUGCUAGAUAUUUACUUCGGACUGUUCCUCGUUCUUUUGAAGCCCGCACACCAAGGCAAGCCCGCCCCUAAGGGAAAGCACGGCAAGCAUGGCAAGGGCUCCAAGGGCAAGGGUGACGACGAAGCUGGCAAAGGACAGGCCCAGGAUGAUGAAAUGCGGGAGAAGCUUAUCUCUGGUGUAUUGACCGGUGUCAACCGUGCUUAUCCCUUCACUGAUUCCGACUCUGAUCGCAUGUCAAAGCAUCUCGAUACCCUGUUCCGCAUCACCCAUUCGUCAAACUUCAACACCAGUAUUCAAGCUCUCAUGCUGAUCCAACAGCUCACGGUCUCUAACCAAGUAUCCGGCGAUCGCUUCUACCGCACUCUUUACGAGUCUUUGCUCGACCCACGUGUUGCUACCUCCUCAAAGCAGUCACUCUACCUCAAUCUUUUGUACAAGUCUCUCAAGAACGAUCUCAAUGUCCGCCGAGUCAAAGCAUUCGUGAAGCGUCUCGUCCAGGUUCUUGGCAUGCACCAGCCCUCUUUCAUCUGCGGUGUCUUCUACAUGAUUCGUGAGCUCGAGAAAACUUUCACCGGCCUGUCAUCCUUAGUCGAUCAGCCGGAGGAUAACGAUGAUGAUGAUGAAGAGGUGUUCCGCGACGUCCUCGAUGAGGAUGACGAACAGCCAGAACCUGCUCCUGUCAUCGAAGCUAAGAAGCAGAACAAUGUCUACGAUCCCCGCAAGCGAGACCCCGAGCACAGCAAUGCCGAUAGGAGCUGUCUCUGGGAAUUGCUUCCUUUCACCUCUCACUUCCACCCAUCCGUCUCUCUCAACGCCGCCAAUCUGCUCGAGCACAACCCUAUGAGUGGCAAGCCAGACCUGACUCUGCACACCCUCACCCACUUCCUCGACCGCUUCGUGUACCGCACACCCAAGGCCAGCGCCACUUCCCGCGGUGCUUCUAUCAUGCAGCCCCUGGCUGGUGGUGAAACCGCCGACCGGUUGGUGGAGGCAGGCAAGAGGGCACAGAACCAACUGCCGCUCAACACCGAGACCUUCUGGAAAAAGAAGGCCAACGAUGUUGCCGCAGAGGAUGUCUUCUUCCAUGAAUACUUCACCCGUGUCAAUAAGGACAAGGAGAAGGUGCGCGGCAAGAAGGGCAAGGACGUUGGUGCCGGCGACGAGGAGGGUCUUAGCGAUGACGAGGAUCAGAUCUGGAAAGCACUCGUCGACUCUCGUCCCGAGCUGGAAGCCGAUGAGGAUAGCGACGACGAUCUGGACAUGUCCGAUCUGGAGUCUGCGCUCGAGGACGACGAUGACGAAAUCGAAGGCGAGGAUGAGGGCGAUUCCGACGGAGGUGUCAUUUUCAACGACGAAUCCGAUGUUCCCUCCGACGAGGACGAGGAAAUGGGCGAAUUCAGCGAGCUCGAGGAAGCCGCACCCGCAGCCAAGACCAAGAAGGCCGCCAAGAAGCCCUCCAAGGAAGACGAGGAGGACUCCGAUGACUUCGACAUGGACGUCUCGGACGACGAGGCCUUCAUCGACAGCGACGAGGACCUGCCAUCGGAUAUGGAGCUGGGUGGAGUCGAGCUCGAAGAGCCCGCCGACGUUCCUGCCCCAGCCGAGUCGGACCGCAAGAAGCGCCGCAAGCUCAAGCAGUUGCCUACAUUCGCCUCUGCAGAAGAUUACGCUGCGCUGCUGGCGGACGAAGACGAUGGAAUGUAA